CUAAAAAGAGCGGCACCCCAAGACAACCCAUUUAGGAAAGGCAUUAGGCAGGUGUGUAUAUCACAGCAAAAGCUCUUAGGCCACACAAGACAUAACUAAGACUCAUAUUUGUGAGUCCUCAAACUCUGAAGCAGGCUGCAAACAGGUGGGUAAACAAGUCCAUGGGACCCUGCUGGCGUUGCAGACUUUCCCUCGGCAUCCUCAGCUUAUCCAGCAUCAACGGGUGGAGGCGAUUCCGUGUCUUUUUCUGGAGAAAGGCUCGGACCUGAGAAAAACCAAGCUCUUGAAAAUUUGAAUCAAUGGGAUUAUUUACGCGUGUAUAACUGGAAUCCGCCCCGCGAUGCCGAUUUUGCUGCAGAAAAGAUACUCUAGCUCCCCACCCCCUCCUUUCUUUUUGACAGUCAGUUAAUAAAGACUCAACAAUAAGCAGCUGCCAGUGAUGUCAUUUGGGACUUUGUCCACGGAGCUUGUAUUUACAAGCUCGGAGCAACCGCGGAGCCGCAGCAGCCCCGGGAGCAAGUCUCCGCAAACUUGCUCCGAAUUCGCUGCAGGACUCUGCGGCCGCUUCGGAGGUUCGGAAAAACUGAGCGCGCUCUCUUAGCGCGGCCUUUUAAUGCUUCAAAAAUAAACAGAGGAUAAACUCGGGAAGAAAUUUUUAGCUGGGGAGAGCCGUGGCUGUGUCUGUCUCCGGGACCGUGAUAUAGAGCGACUGAAGGGCUAACUACAAUGACCCUGGAAACAGAAGGGGAAUUCUUAUAAAUCACAAAGGAAAAUAAAUAACUUCACCCAUGGAGGGAAAGAGACAGCUUGAGAAAAGGGACUUUGGAAAAAGGUUGUCUCUAGACAGCAGUCUUGUGGAAUACAUGGACUCCAAUAAAUACAUUGAGCAUCUUCUAACUCAGCUCGAGGAACAACACAGAAAUCUAUGGAGGGAGAAAUUGGCUGUGGCCCGGCUGCAGCGAGAAGUUGCCCAAAGAGGAAGUGAGGGGGCCAUGCAUGAGAAGCUGAUGCAUGAAUUGGAAGAGGAGAGACACUUACGUCUUCAGAGUGAGAAGCGGUUGCAGGAGGUGACACUGGAGUCUGAGCGCAACAGAAUUCAGAUGCGUGGCCUCCAGCAGCAGUUCUCCAGGAUGGAAGAAACAGUACGAAAUCUACUGAAGAGUCAAGGGCCUCCAGAACAGAAAAAAGAAGAAACUGUUAAUAUAAUGGUCUAUCAGGAAAAACUGUCAGAGGAAGAGCGAAAACACAAGGAAACUUUGGAAGGUCUUCACAUGGUGGUGGAUGAGGAUUCGAGGAGUGAAAGCAGCAGUGCAGAUGAGGGGAAAGAAAACACCAAAUUCCUGUUGGAAAGAUUGAAAGCUCUAGAGGCAGAGAAUUCAGCGUUGGCUUUGGAAAAUGAAAAUCAAAGGGAACAGUAUGAGCGAUGUCUUGACGAGGUAGCCAACCAAGUUGUUCAAGCUCUGCUCACUCAAAAGGAUCUAAGGGAGGAAUGUGUAAAGUUGAAAACAAGAGUGUUUGAUUUGGAACAACAGAAUCGAACGUUAAGCAUCCUGUUCCAACAGCGAAUCAGACCAACUUCUGAUCUGCUCCUCCAGAAACUUCACUCACGCAUCUUAGAUCUUUCAUCCGGAGAUUUGCUUUCAGACAUGGAAAGAAGCCGAAGUCUGACGCAGUCACGGACUGAUGUUGAGAUGCAUGAAUGUCAGCUGAGUGCAAAAUCAGGAGUCCCUGCUUUGAAAUGCCCUGGUUUGGGGGUUGUCAUCCCUGGUCGUCUCUGUUCUCGAAACAGCUGCAGCAGCAGUGAGCUGUCUCUUUCGAGCACGUGCAGCGAGUACUCCAGUGGCUCCUCCUACACGUGGCAUGAUGGGAAGAACCUCAGGAAAAGGAAAUCAUCACAAAACUGGGAUAAAAGGCUAAGUAUUGACUCUUCACUCCCGAGUGGCUUUGCUAGUCCUACAGAUGAACUACCUCCAGCUCGUAUCAAGGAAAGUCACAUUUUGGAAGGACUGAGAAAGCUACAGAAGCGAAAAGUGCUACUUGAACCCCCAUCGGUGAUAACCAAAUGGGGUUAUAAAGAUUGCAUGAACUCCAAUGAAGGGAUAUAUUCUCCAGGAAUUAAGAGCAGCAGCCUCAAGGACUAUCCCCCCUGCAAACCAGCUGACAGGAGGAGUCCCUGCAAGGAGCCCCACGAGACAUUUGUUUAUGACACAGAUUCCCACGAUGAUGCCGAUGAGGACUCUUCCUCCUUACCCUUGCUCCAGGCAGCUCCAAGCCGGGGCUGCAGGCUGCACAGUCGUAAAUUAACCCACAGUGUUUCUGACAGCCUAUUUGGCUGGGACCCGAAUAGAAAACACUUUUCAGAAGGCACAUCUUCAGUUUACCCAAGGGAAAGGCCUGAAAAGCUGGCCAGUUGUGCCAGCAACUGCCCCUUGGAGAGGAAGCUGUGCCCGCAUGCACAGACGCCUCAGGUACGGAGAGAGAGGGAGCCGUGUGACCCUGGUUCUGGCCAUGUGGCUCUCAGUCUCCAGCUUUCAGACACCGAUGACAAUGAAGCCCUCGACGAGUUGCACAUAGGUAGCAGUAACGAGAAAAACCCUUCAGACUUGUCACUGACUGUCGACACUGACAAGUCCAUGGAGAAUCUGGACAUCCUCAUGGGAUUUGGAAAAUCUCAACAUGGGUCUCCUGAAGAGGAGGAAAAACAAGUGCCCAUCUCCUUAGAGAGUCGGCCAAAGACAUUUAGCUUCAUUAAGCAGCAGAGGGUUGUAAAAAGGACUUCUUCAGAAGAAUGCAUUACUGUCAUCUUUGAUGCCGAAGACGGCGAGCCCAUUGAAUUCAGCUCUCACCAGACAGGCAUUGUCACUGUUACCAGAAAUGAGAUUUCCAUCAACCAAGCCCCUACUGGACCCAAGGCAGAACACACUGAACUUUCACCUCAGGGAAUUGCUCAUUUACAGCCGGGAGCUACUGCAAGAGACUACACUUUCCUAAAGAGACCUGAAGAGGAAACCAAGAAAAACAUUCCAAAAGGUGACAUAGAUAACAUUGCGGUGGCCCGCAAUGGUUCCUUCAGCCCCAGGACAGUAACACAAAGUCCUCAGCGACAAAGACCGGGCAAACCAACAUUGAAUUUGUCAUGCCAGAGUAGUUCUAGGUCUUCGGUGUCCAUGGGUAUCUAUCAAAAGCAGAGUCUGACAAAAGUCCCUGCCAGGGGCAAGGCUUCACCUCAGAAGUCAAAAAUAAUGGAGCCUGAAGCCUCAGCAAGAGUCCCCUCCUCUGGCCCCAUGUCUCUUGAAAAAUCUCCAGCCUUAGCUCCCGGGAAACUCUCACGAUAUAAGAAGACUGAGGGCCCAGCACCCCUUUUUGAUUUACAUACGGAUUCACACAUUCCAAAACACCCCAGCCAACUGCCUCAUGGCUCCAAAAUGUCCAGCAGAAAGGACUGGGUCCCGUGCUCCAAGAGUCAGAUUCCAGCGUCACAGUUGCUGCCAAGGUCCCUCACUGAGCCUAGUGAUAAUGGAGAAUCCCCGACGAGGGACAAACAUUGUGACUCUGGGCCAGAGGCAGGGGUGAAGUCACCUUCUCCCCCACCCCCUCCAGACAGGUCAGGCUCCCUUCUUGUCAGGCCCAGUUACGACUAUUUGCCACCACCCUCAUCAGCCAAGCCUGAAACCAGGGUCCCCAGUGAAGCAGCAAGGACUAUGUACAAAUCCCCCCCUCUAAAAGGACCCUCUGCUCCUAUUAUUUCUUCUAAUCAGAUCCUGGCAGAAGUGCCGGGGAAGAAACCUUCUGUGGCCUUCAGAAAGCCUAUCUUCACUCACCCUCCACCCUCCACAGAAACAGUGAUUCAAACCAGAUGUUCCGCACAUACCCCCUCUAGCUCCUUUGUUGUGAUGGCCCCAGGGCCCCCAAAGGUCUCCCCAAAGAGAGGUGUCCCCAAAACUCCGCCUCACCAAAUGCUUGGGACCACACAAAUGGACACUGGGUUACGGACUCCCAAGAAUUGUCCUUCAGCCCAUGAGCCACUGGAAAUCCUGUCCCCCAAAAGUGUGUCUCCAGGAAGAAAAGGACAGCUGAAUGACUGUGUCCCCACAUCACCUAAGCCUUCCUUCUUAGGGGUGAAUGAGGCACCAUCAUCUCAGGUUAGCAGUCACUCAUCAUCACCGUCUUCCAAAAGCCAUAACACCCCAUAUGGUUGUCCAAACGCUCAUGAGAAAGGCCUGAAAACUCGCCUCCCAGUUGGGCUCAAGGUUCUCAUGAAGUCUCCCCAGUUACUCAGGAAAAGUUCCACGGUGCCAGGGAAACAUGAAAAAGACAGUCUGAAUGAAGCCUCUAAAAGUUCUGUGGCUGGGAACAAGUCUAAGCCCGAGGACGCCGGGAAUCCAGUGAGCCUGGAGACCAUAACGGAUGAAAGAAAUGUGACUCCACUGGGUUUUCAGGCACAAGACAGGCUGCCUGAAGGGAUUCCCCUGGAUACAGCAAUGCCAGAGUCAUUAGAAAACAGCAUCCCUGGGGCUGAUGGAAAAGAUGGGGUAGAAAACAAGUCUGUGAAAAGAUCCCUCUCCUCCAGUAAGCCACACCUAAAACCAGCCCUAGGCAUGAAUGGGGCCAAAGCCCGCAGUCAGAGUUUCAGCACUUACUCAGGAGACAAGCCCCCUACACCCCCCGUGGAAGGGCCCGGCAAAGUUCGAACUCAGAUUAUCACCAACACUGCUGAGAGAGGCAAUUCCCUCACCCGGCAGAGUUCCUCCACGGAAGGCUUGCCCAAGACCCCUUCUGCCCCCAUGUCUGAUGGUCUUCCCGGGGCUGGGAGGCCUCUGGGGCAUCCCUCCUCCAGGCAAGGCUCCCCCAGGAGUACAGGCAGCUCCAGCAGCCAGCAUGGGAGCCCAAGCAAGUUGCCUUUGAGAGUCCCUCCCAAAUCCGAAGAGCUCCCCACCCCAUGUGGAAUGGAAGAUGAGCAGGGUUACCCCGAGGGAGGGGACAGUGAGGCUGUCCCUGAGGAAGCAAGCAGUGACCACCACAGAUAUCCACCCGCCCCAACACACUGCCCACAAGCCCUGCAGAACCCUGGGAGGACACAGCAUCCGACCAAUUUUGAACCGAGCAGGACAUCCAAGCUAGAGACUUCUGGAAGGUGUCCAGAUACUUCUACAACCAAGACUGGCGCUGUGAGCCCUGAAGCCCCCCUCUCACCUACAAUUGAAGAAAAGGUCAUGUUGUGCAUUCAGGAAAAUGUGGAAAAGGGCCAAGUGCAAACAAAGUCCCCCUCUGUGGAAGCAAAGCCAAAGCCCGGGCCUUCUUUUGCCAGCUGGCUUGGUUUUCGGAGUAGACUUCCAGCUCUCAGUAGCAGGAAGAUGGAUGUCUCCAAAACCAAAGUGGAAAAAAAAGAUGCAAAAGGUUUGGGGUUUGGAAAUAAACAACUAAAAUUGGAAAAGAAAAAAGAGAAAAAGAAGCCUGAGCUGCAGCGUAAAAUAGAAAAUGAACUUACCAGGAACACCAAGGUGGCGGAGAGUCCAGACAGUAGUUUACGAAGCAAAAAUGAUCUGAAAACACCGCAAGGCAUUUAUGACCAAAUGAAGUUUGGACCAAGAAAUAGACCCAGCCCUGUUACAUGUUCUACUAAAGAUACGUUUAUGACGGAACUUUUGAACAGAGUUGAUAAGAAAGCAGCUCAACAGACAGAAAGUGGAUCAAAUAAUGUUUCCUGCAGGAGUGUGUUAAAGGGCAGCUCCCAGGGCUCCUGUCUCACCAGCAGCUCUGCAAGCACUCAAGGAAACCACAAGAAAAACAUCAAAACCAAGGCCGAUGUGGAAAUACCGAAAGGCUCCCUGAUAAAAGAAGCAAGUGUGAGCCUGCAGGAGGAUGAAGAUACAGUUGCAGAUUCCACAUUUCAGAGCCACAUCAUAGAAUCCAACUGCCUGAUGAGGACGCUGGACAGUGGGAUUGGAACCUUCCCACUCCCAGACUCGGGAAAUCGCUCCACAGGGCGGUACCUGUGCCACCCAGACUUCCCAGAGGACACUGAGCCCAUCCUCUCUCUCCAGCCAGCACUCUGUGCCACUUCUUCCAUCAGAGCUCAGACCCUUGAACGAGAAGUGCCUUCCUCUGCAGACAGCCAGGCCUCUGCAGAUAAUGCCAUUGUUCAUUCCACAUCCGACCCCAUCAUGACCGCCAGGGCCAUACAGCCUCUUGAGAGUCCUCCCAAACCAGCUUCCUCAGGAAAAAUCAAUUCCCAAAAGCAGAAUGAAGCAGAGCCAAGGCCUCAGACCUGCUCGUCAUUUGAAUAUGCUGAAAACACCAUUACAAGUGAGCAGCUUCCAGACUGGGGGGGUGAAGGCCCCACGGCUGAGACCCAGAAAUUGAAACAAGUUGAAGAAACAAAAGAAGAUCCUGAGAAUAGAUUAUCUAAAAUUUCCCUGGAGUCAUUCAAUAAAUAUAACAGCAAAACUAUGAUUUUGCUAGAAAGAGAGAAGAACUCUCUGAACAAGUUUGAAGGACAAAAGGAAGAAAAAGAAAAAAAUGAAGAAGCAUCUUUGAGUAGCUCAGAUAGGCCUGGGGUAGACAAUUUGGAAUCACUGAGUGAUUCUUUAUAUGAUAGCUUCUCUUCCUGUGCAAGUCAGGGUUCGAAUGAUGUAUAAAGGACCUUUUUUAAUUUUUUUUUUCUUAGUGAGCUGAAAAUGGAGCACUUAAGCAACAGGGGGGUGUGGGGAGGGGAAUAGAGACAGCAGCAAUAAAGCCUGGCAACACCAGAGACUGCAUUGUCAGAUUCACAGCAAGCAGCCCAUGGGAGCUUCUUCUCUAACAGGGCAAUAAAGAUAGGCUCCAUUUGUUGUGUGUCAUGAGGAUGAAAUGUAAACACACCCACAAUACAGAAGUCUUAAUUUUGCACUUUUUUUGAAUACUUGUACAGAAGUUGUAAAUUUUUGGAAAAGAAAUUAUAUUUGUAGCCAAAAAAAAAAAAAAAAAAAAGGCAGCAAUAAAUUGAAUCCGUGCCAUGCUCUUGAAAUGACGUACUAAGUGUUAGAAGUUGAUAAUAUAUUUUUUAAAAAUUCCAGCUAAGGUGUCCUUUGACUUCACUGUCCUAGUAGUCAAAUUGUUUGUGGGUACACCCUGUAAAGCUAAAAUGGCCCCGCCAAAAACCAGAGGGCUCCUGGUCAUCUCCAACUCAUAGUCUCAAAGUGAUAGGAACAUUAAUACCAGUGCAAUUUCACAAUUGUUGCCAGAGAGAUUCAAGUUCCAGUAGGAAGCGUAAUUCUGCUUCCACUGAAAAAUGUAACAGGUACUCAAAGGGUGACACUGAUGUGAAGGGAAGUGGAUCAGAAGUGACCUAAUUCUAUUUUCAACAGCAGGUUUUCCCUCCAAACAUUUCCUUACAUCCUCUUCUCCUUAGUGCUUCUUUAUGAUUGUUAACCGUAUUUGUUGAUUUUUUUUUAUCUUCCUGCUCUAUUAAAAUCUGGGCAAUCUAGAAAUGAAACCAAAUUCUUAUCUGUAACUUUCACUUUUUAAAAAAUCAAAUGAAUGGUUGGUGCUACAAAAAAAAUUCAUACUUUUUAAGAUCCUUUUUUUUCUACAAAGUCUGUUUAUAUGUGAGGAUAAAUUCUAUUUUAAAGGUUAUUUGUAUUUUUUCUAGAUGUGAACUAUUUAUAAUUGCUUUUGUACAGGAGCUUGUAAACUAGGCUUAAUAGAAAUAUUUUUAGGAUCUAUAUGGUUACUUCAGUACACACUUAUUUGUUAAAAGAGCAUUGUAUAAUCAGUGUUAUUUGGUUAAUUUGUGCAAUUUGUUAUACUGAAUUUUGUUAUCUUAAAUGAAAAUUAUGUAAAGUGUCAUUGUCUUUCAGACCUCUAAAAAUUCUUCUGUUUCAUUUCUGAAUAAAAGUCAUAUCACAGUUUCACCCU